CGGAAACACGCUUAUAUCUGGGCAAUGAGACACGUAUUUAAAGAUGGACUGUCCCACCUUGUCUAGCUUCGACUCAUGAUAUUUUACUUUUGACAUACCUACUAUUUUCAGAAAGAAAUAGGCCAUAGCUUCGAUGACGAGACCUUCACAGUCCCGAGAGACGGAAUCCUCCGAUCGUCCGAGUCACUCCAUCUUCAGCGACGACAUACAAGGGUAUCACAGCAGCCUGCUGGGAUCCAACGACUCUCAUAAAGAGCUCAGAGAGGAAACUAUUCCUCCCAUUAUUACGAGUGACAUAUUUACGGCAUGGACGAAAAAUACUGCACCUCUUGUGCCUCAAUUCGGCCUACUAGCAGGCGUCAAUGACGGUAGAUAUCCUGCUCUGACAGAUGACCCCCGCCUGUUCUUCAAUGUCACUCCUCCCUCGAGCACGUUUAUCUGUGGCUCUCAAGGAUCCGGCAAAAGUCAUACGCUGUCCUGCAUGCUAGAGACCUGUUUGAUCUCAUCCCGAGCUGGAUGUUUGUCAAAGCCCUUAACGGGCUUGGUCUUCCAUUACGAUACCUUCAUAAGUGAUCAGAUGGGAUCGCCGUGUGAAGCUGCGUUUCUAUCGUCGAGUCCCGAUGUGGAAGUUCGUGUCUUAUGUGCGCCAACCAAUGUCCACGCAAUUAGAGGUGCCUACUCGAGACUUGGUGUCAAAGUGUCUGCUUUGGAAAUAGAUCAAGGACAUCUCAAUACGAAGCGAAUGCUGGAUCUAAUGGCGGUCGGACAAGACGACGGGCAAAUGCCGUUGUAUAUGCACACAGUGAAGCGUAUACUACGCGAGAUGCGGGUAGCACAGCAGGAAACACAAACAGUGUUCAAUUACAGUGCUUUCAAGAAGAUGGUCAUGGAUUCGACUUUAACCCCUGCUCAGCUCGAGCCGCUGAAGCAAAGGCUGGACAUGCUCGAGAGCUUCAUGCCACGGGAGCAAACCAGCACUCGUGAUAAGAAGAAUAAAUACCCUUCCUCAGCUUCCUCAAAAGGGACUGAUUGGGAGCCAAAGGCACGCCGCUUGACAAUCUUGGAUCUGUCUUGCCCAUGUAUCUCGCCUGAAACCGCAUGUUCCCUGUUUAAUAUUUGCCUGGGAAUAUUUCUCGAGCAAGAUCCUCAAAUCGGGAGGGUUGUUGCUCUAGACGAGGCCCACAAGUAUAUGAACAGCUCCCCCGAGGCUCGCGGCUUUACUGAAACCCUGUUAUCCGCAGUCCGGCUCCAGCGACAUCUUGGCAUCCGCAUGAUUAUAUCCACACAGGAACCGACAGUCUCAACAGCACUCUUGAAUCUCUGUUCAACAACCAUUGUGCACCAUUUUACCUCUCCAGAAUGGCUACGAAUCCUGCAUAAGCACCUAGCUGGAGCUGGAGAAGAUGCUGUCGCUGUCAAUGAGCUGCAAGCAGGAGAACCGAAUAACUCGUCUAAAGAGCCCAAUACGCAGAGUAGUUUGUUCAACAAGAUUGUGAGCCUGCGAGUUGGGGAGGCCAUAAUAUUCUCACCAAGUACAAUUAUCCGAGUACGUGGGGUGGAUGAGGACGGCAAACUUUCCUUCGAGCGUCUCGGCAACGGCAAUGUUCAGGUCAGGGUAAGGCAGCGACUGACACUUGAUGGAGGACGGAGCCUACUAUGCCGUUGAUAGAUAGCAUUCUCUUGAAGACAAACUCAUCGACAAAUGUGUGAUGCUGGGUUUGAUAAGGAGCAGUCAUAAUGAUGAAACCCAUAUGUUGUGGUCGUGGUUAGGAAAUCAGAACAUAUGGUGGUAGAGGCUUACAAGGAACAUCGUGCUCAGAAUGAAAAUGAUUUGCUAAUUGAAGCCGCUUUCAAUGGUUCGAAUGAAUCUUCUUGCCAUUGUCUUAACUAAUGAACGGUGAGCCGACAAUUCUACGUCAGCAAAGUGACAGCAGAAAUAG